AUGCAACUCACACACCUCCUCACUGUCGCUCUCUUGGCCAUUGGCGCCACUGCUCUGCCCGCUCCGGAGCCCGAGGCCGCCCUCGAAAGCCGCACUCUCGGUCUCCUCAAGUGCAUCAAGGGCGGCGGCAAAUACGACUGGCACAAGCAUACUUGUACCUACCCACAACCGCAGUGCCCAUACGGCCAGCAAUGGUACGACUACAAGAACAAGUGCGACUAUCCUCCAUACGACCCACCCAAGUGCUACCAACCCGAGCAUGGCUGGUGCUCCAAGAGCAAGUACGAGUACACCUCAUACCACAAGGACCAUGAUUGGUGCAAGAAUGAUGGACACAACAAGGUCUGGUGCUCUAAUGACCAUGAUGCUCCGGAGAAAUGCAAGACGCAAUACUACUGA